CUGCGCAUUUUUCUUACCAUAAAUACUUCAAAAUCGGAAAAAUUCCCUUUUUUUUUGAGUCUUCUCCAUCUUCUCAUUGCCAAGGGAACCCCUAAAUCUGCUUUUUCCGAUUUCCUUGGCGCCUGUAUUUAGUAAUUUUCGUUUCGGAAGAAUAUCCUGCUUUCCCAAAGAUCGUUAGAUUCUUUCUGUAAAUUUUGUUUUUUGUUUUUUGUUUUUGUUUUUUCUUCUUCUUCUUCUUUUUCCAUUUCUGUAAUCUGGGCAUUUGUUUUUCCAUUUCUGUAAUCUGGGCAUUUGUUCCAAUAAAUUUAUCAAAGUUUUGCAAUCUGCAAAUUUAAUUUGGAAUAAAGUGUCCAAAGAUUAGACGAUACAUGGCGACGCAGUAUGAUCGGUGGGAGAAAGAUCCUUUCUUUUCUGCAGCGGAAGAGAUUCAGGAAUCUGCAGACAGGAUGGAAACAAUUUAUAGAACAUGGGUUCAUGCGGUGAAGGAUAAAUCUAACAUUUGGAACUGCGAAGAGCUACGCCGAGAUCUAAAGACUGCUCUGGGCACUACUCAAUGGCAGUUGGAGGAGUUUGACAGGGCAGUUAAAUCGAGCUACACUAGUAGUUCAGCUGAUGAUGCGGAACAUAGACACCAAGAAUUUGUUUUCGCAAUUGAUUGUCAGAUUAAGAAAGUCGCGGGUUCUUUGACUGAAUCGGAUGUUUCUCAAGGCAAGCCACCGUCCCCAUGGGUGCGCUUGGAUAAAGGGGAGCGAGAUGAGCUUGCAUUGUUCUUGACAGGACCUACAGGAUUGGCUGCCGAUAAUGAUAAGGAGCUGAUGGAAAUGGAGAAGUUGGGAGAGGAGGGUAAACAGUCAAUGUUUGAUGGUUUGAGGAGUUCUUCCAGUUAUGCAGACAAGUGUUUAGCGGAGAUUAAUGAAGAUAAGUUGGGACAUCGUAGAACUGCUAGUGCCAGUGCUGAUAUUGGUGCCUGGAAGAUUGCAGUUUCUGAUGAUCUCUCCAGCAUGCAGCCUCAAGCGCCCCCGCGAAAGAAUCCUAGUUUUUCGGGAUUCAAGGAUAGCAAGGAAUCUGCAGCAAAAUUGAAGUUUGCCAAGAAUGGUUACCGCAAGUUCAAGAACUCGGAUUGCCACUACGAAGGUGAUGCUUCGUUACCACAAACCCAGCAGUCGGCUAGGGGCAGCAACACAGGCUAUGAGAGGAAUAAGAGCUGCCUAAAUGGAUGUGAUAGAUGCUAUGACAAACAACUGUAUGGUUGGCAUGGAGUCAUUCAGCGACAGUUUCAGAGGUCUCAGUAUUAUAUGCUAUAUAGUCGACCUGUUCGGGUGGUUUUCGUCAUCAUUCUCCUCUGCUUGAUCGGUUUUAUGGCAAUGCGUAUGUGAGGAGUGAUGAGUCGAUCCGUGGAAUCUGACAGGCAUCAGAAAGGGUUAAAGAAGCAAGUGUGCUGAGAAUGGUGUAAUUUUGUUGCCAGUGCCUGGGAUUGCUCCAUAAUUGCGCUGUAGAAACACCUUAACUAUUCUUGAUUUAUAUAUUUUUUCUGGGUUUCUUUCUCCAUAAUUGUUGUAUUAUAAUAUGAAGAAUCUUAUGGAUGGCAGGUGGCCAUUAUCAGUCCUUGCAUCCCACAGAAUGAAAGAAUCAGGCUGUCACCAGCUAAAUCUUGUACAUA